AUGGGUGCGUCGGGAGAAGGACAUAUAUAUAUAUAUAACAGAACCACCUGGGUGUGUCCCGCACGAGACGAGAAACUGCUGGACACCGCCUGUCAGCUGGGAGGAACAGAAACCGCUGUCACUGCCCAACGACCGCACGAUCGCCAUUUGUGCCUUUGGCUUUGGCUGAUUUGGCUCCAGACCGCCAUGGCAGAUUGGCCCAGGACGCCCAGGACCGCCCGCUACUUGCGGCCCGUGGCCACGUGUGGCCGCGGGGGCCGUGCAGCGUCCGCGCCGGGCGGUGCGCGGGCGGUGACCUUGCCCCAAGCAACGGAGCGCGGCUCCAAGCGGCGCGACGACCUAUCCGGGAGCAUACGGAUGGAGGUGCCGGCGUUGCCGCUGCGAGAGGGAAAGAAUCUGCAGAAUUGGCAGGGGGAGCUUUGGAGACGCUCUCUCAGGAGGCCAGGACUUCCACUGAAGGACCCCAUCUUUGCUGAGACCAGCAUUGGGGCCAAAGAACUCCACGAGGAGUGGAGCGACCUCUCGCCCGCGCAGCCGCGGCAGUGGCCCUUCAGCGGCGCCACCGCCAGUGGCGCAGCGGCGCGGGCAUCGCCGCGGGACCCACAUCGGUGGGUGGAGCGGCCGGUGGCCUGUGGGAAAUACUCCUUGCAACAUUUCAGUGGCAAUCGCUAUGCGUGGGACACGUCCACAUCGCAGCGUCUCGCGGCGCCGCGCCUCGCAGUCUCGCGGCAACGGAUGUGGCCGCGCUUCGUGCAGAAGACCCUGGAGGUGGCCGAGCGACCCGCGAACAGGACCUUCAGCAUCCAGCCGCACAAUGCGACCGCCUUCAGCCUUUUUCCCAGCCCAAUGGGUCCAGGGCACUUGGAGUGGCAAGCCCUCCUUCGGAGUGAGUCUCCACCAUCGCCCUUCUACUUGCCGAUGAGCCACAAAAACCAGUGUCAGACCAAGGUCUCCGGCUCCGUCUUUGUGUAUCGAGGAUUCACGCCCGAGAAGUUCCAGUAUGGCCACUUGCUGGGAGACGUGUUGCCGAUGGUCGCCUGGAUCUUCCACCAGUACCCCAACAUCACCAUCGCCGUGCAAAGCGAAACGACGAAUUCUUUGGUGAAGCAAUUCAUGGAGUGGUUUGAUGCCGACGGCCUGGUGAAGCGCUUGCUCUUCGUUCCAGUGGACCAUGUGGUUUGUGCUGAUCAGCUACUUCUACUGGAGCCAGGCCCCGGCAUCACGCGGCCCGAAGACCUCCGCAUCGCCGAACUCACCAUGUUUUUGCACCGCUUCGCCUUCCAGCUUCACUCACAGCUGUCACCCGCCUCGGCACCGGUGGCACCGGUGGCCGUGUACUACCAACGCGGAGAUGACACGAUGCAUACCCGCCUCCUGGUGGCUCAGCAGUCGGAUGCACUGAUCCAGCUUGCACAGCAGCGGCUGCAGGAGCAAAGGCGUUCCGAAGAAGUCGUGCUCUUCAAUGGAUCCUCAAGCGAUGGAAGGGCCAUGAGCUUCGAGGAACAGUACCGCCUCUUCAGUCGAGCCUCCCUGGCAUUUGGUGUUCACGGCGCCGGCUUCGCCAACGUCUUGUGGAUGAGCAGCGGAACGACGGCGAUCGAGCUCAUGUGCUCCAUGGACACGGUGGAGGUGCGGGGCUGCUUCGUGCGCGGCCCUGGCAGGCGGAAGAAGCCUCGGCCCAUGACCUGGUGGCGCUACUUCGGUGGUGCUCCCUGGCUGCGCUACUUCGUGGUUUUGCUGAGACGCUACCAGGAUCAUCCUACAGGCUACGUCUCUGUGGACAUGGAGGGAUUUGAUUUGGCGCUCCAGCAAGCCCUGCAAACACCGCCGGUGGUCUAG